CUUGUCUGCAGAAAAAAAAUCUCCCAUUUUUCAUGUUCCAAUCAAUGGAACAUUAAAAUUCAUAGAUUUUUUCCUGCAGAAUUUGGAUUUACCGACAGAAAGAGGGAUUUUAGCGGAUAUUCUUCUUUUUCCUCGUGGGUUUUUUUGUCAAUUUGUUGAAAGGAUUUGAUGAUUUUAUAGGAUUUGGGUCGAAUUGUAAAGACAAAAAUCAAGAAAGAAUGGGGGUGGAUUAUUACAAUGUGUUGAAAGUGGACAGGACUGCAACGGAAGAUGAUCUGAAAAAAGCAUAUAGGAAACUGGCAAUGAAAUGGCAUCCUGACAAGAACCCAAACAAUAAAAAGGAAGCUGAGGCCAAUUUCAAGCAGAUCUCAGAGGCCUAUGAGGCAAGUCUUUCCUUCAUUUUGUUUCAGGUCUUGAGUGAUCCUCAAAAGAGAGCAAUUUACAAUCAGCAGGGUGAAGAAGGGUUGAAAAACAUCCCUCCACCGGGCAGUGGCGGAUCAUCAAGAAAUGGCUUCUGUGGGUCGAGCGGGUUCAAUCCUAGGAAUGCCGAGGAUAUAUUUGCCGAGUUCUUUGGAAGUAGUCCUUUCGAAUUCGGGUCAGUGGGACCUGGUAGGUCUGCAAGAUUCCACUCUGAUGGAGGGAAGUUUGGAGGGUUUGGUUGCACUGACAACAAUUUUCGAACUUACAAUGAUACAACUCCGCCCAGGAAACCACCCCCGGUUGAGAGCAAAUUGCCUUGCACCCUUGAAGAACUGUACACUGGAUCGACAAGGAAGAUGAAGAUCUCAAGAACUGUUGUCAAUUCAUCUGGGCGGCAAGCACAGGAAUCGGAAACAUUAACCAUCGACGUAAAGCCAGGGUGGAAGAAAGGAACAAAGAUUACUUUCCCAGAUAAAGGAAAUGAACAGCCAAAUCAGCUUCCGGCGGACCUUGUAUUUGUAAUCGAUGAGAAACCCCAUGAUCUUUACAAAAGAGACGGCAACGAUCUUAUCGUCGACCGAAAGGUGUCACUGGCCGAGGCACUUGGGGGUACAACUGUAAAUCUAACUACGCUUAAUGGCCGUAAGUUGUCGUUGCCCAUAACUGACAUUAUCCACCCGGGUUAUGAGCUCAUUGUUGCUAAGGAAGGAAUGCCAAUUGCAAAGGAGCCUGGUAAUAGGGGUGAUCUUAGGAUCAAAUUCGAUGUGAAGUUCCCUACAAAGUUGACACCGGAGCAACGAGCCGGACUCAAACGUGUUCUAGGGGGUUGAAGUAGGAAAUCUUUCCCUAUUGUAUCGGCACUGACUGUGGCACCGAAACGUCAAAUAUGGUCUGAUAUAGUCAUUGACUGGCAUCUUGGAGGUAGAGAGUUGGCUUGCCCGUCUAUCGUAGUUUAACUGCCCAUCAUUUUUGGUGCAUUGUAGGGCACUUGCCUCAAUCAAAUGUAUCUUUCAAUGCCCUAAACCUAUGUAACCUAUUAUAAUUGGCUUUAUCUUUGAUCAUUAUUUUUUUU